CCGGUGAGCUUGUGGCCUGGCUUCGCCCCCGCCAUUCCCUCUUUUAACCUCAGUUAGUUGAUACUUGAUAGUAGGUGAACACUGCGUUCAGCUCACUAAGACUUUUUUGGGGGGAGACAAACUAGUCGAGAUCCGUUUUUGGAGUUCGUUUCGUUUCAGAGGUGGCAUUUUCUGCGUCACCCGUAUUAUUUCUAUAGGACAACCUCUGAGCACUGCUGAUGCAGCCUCGCUGUGCUAUGCCUCUUCCCCCAUCUUCCUCGUGAGAAUUUUAAAGGGAAGCGCCCAGCAGCAGCCUCUUCUCGCUGCCCAUGCAACUAGCUGCUAGCAGUCUCUUGCGCUACCCUGCACAGAGAGCUUGAGGCGCAGCUAGGUUAGUUGGUGGCAGGAAAGCAAGCUGCGUGCGAGCUAGCGCGUGCAAUGCAGGUGGACUUGGAGAGCCUGGUGUGCGGCGUGUCGGGCGCCGGCGCCGGGGACAGGAAGGUGUCGUGCGAGACGGUCAUCGCGGGGGGCAGCGGGGACGCGUCGCCGCCGCGGAUGCCACCGCCGGACCCGGACUUCCCGCCCGACUCGAUAACCAUCCCCAUCGGCGACGAGGCGGCGUUCGCGGACCUGAACCCGAUAUACGAACGGGACGACUCCACCAAGGGCAGCACCAACCCCAAGUUCGCGGCCGCCGUCGUGGCCAACCCCAUCGCGGCCAAGACGCGGUCCAACUCCACGCGCGUCGCCGGCGCCCCGCCCGCCGCGGCAGGCACCACGUUCUUCGGCCUCACCGCCAAGAUCCGCCCGCCCUUCUCCCGCCGCCGGCCGUCGCAGGGCUGGAUCUUGGCCGACAAGCGCUCCGGCGGCGGCGGCGCAAGCAGCCGUGGCGACGGCGAGGUGGACCCGCGGUCGCCCAAGGUGUCGUGCAUUGGCAAGGUCCUGUCCGACCGGGAGCGCCACGGAUGCCGCGGGCGCCGCCGCCGCGGGUGGUGGCACGGCGUGGUGGCCAUGUUCCGGUGCGACGGCUGCGGCCGCGUACCCGGCGGCGCGUCCUGGAAGAUGGCGUUGCAGGACGAUGACGGCGACGAGCAGCAGCCGGGCAUUGCCGGAAUGCGGAGGUUCAAGUCCGGGCGAAGAGCCGCCUCGUGGGGAGAAGAGGCCCUCGCGGCGGCGGCGGCGGCCGGCGAUGGCGAGGAGAAGGAGAAGCCCGACAGCCAGUACGCUGAGCACUGGUCCCGGCGGCCGGUAAAUUAGGUUGUGGCGGCUGGCGAGGGCGGGAAACGAUUGGACCCGCGAGACUGCCGCCGCUGGGCCCUUCUGUAAGUGACCGCCGUGUGGUUGCCGAUAGGUGAGCCGUGAGCCCGAGGCGUCGCCUCGAGCUGGCCGUAUCGUCCGUCAGCGAGGGGAUGGGCUUCGGUUGGCCGAUGGCGAUCGGAGGCUGGCCUAGAACUGCGAGUUUUUGGAUUUCGGUGGAUUGUUUCUGCUUGGAAUUUUGCACCCUGUUUUGGAAGAGCUUGCUUGUCGAAACUCGAACCAAUUACCAUUUACUCGCAAAUAACAGCAAAUAACCUGUUUCUGCUUGGAGUACCAA